AUGGGGGCCUGUCUCAGCAAGAGGGCGGCGGCCCAGAACGUGGCCAACGGCGGCAAUUCCGCAAGCAGAAUGGAGGGCGAAGCUGGGUUGAGCUCGUAUGAGGUGGCCUGCAGGCUCGAUCCCGAGGUGAAGUCCUUCGAUGCGACUCUCCAGCGGAGCACCAGCCGCGUAAUCUCCGCCAUUGCUGUAGAUGUCGAUGUUCGAUCUCUCUCCUUCGAUUCCCUCAACGAGGUGACCAGAUACCUGAUCGAGAUGAACCAGGAGGUCGUGAAGGUCAUCCUCGAGAGGAGGAGGGAUAUCUGGAAGAAUCCGAAGCUUCUCGAUCUCGUCGAAGAGCACCUCAACAACAGCCUGCUGACACUGGAGUUCUGCGCCGCCAUGGAGAAGUGCCUCAAGAAAGCUCGGGAAAGCCAGGAGAUGCUCCACGUCGCCCUCCAGCGCUUUGAGGAGGCCGAGCAGGGAGAUGGCGAGGAGCGUUACACGAAAAUGUUGGAGGAGUUGAAGGAUUUUAGGGCAUCUGGGGACCCCUUCUCGGCCGAGUUCUUCAAGAUGUUCCAAUCGGUCUAUCAACGGCAAAUGUCAACGCUGGAGAAAUUGCUGGUUAGCAAGAGUAAGCUCGACAAGAAGCUGAAGUCUGUCCGAGCCUGGAGGAAGGUCUCCUGGAUAAUCUUCGCGGCAACCUUUGCAGCCGUCCUGAUCUGCUCCGUGGUGGCGGCGGCGGUGGCCGCGCCUCCAGUCUUGACGGCGCUGACUACCGCCGCUUCAGUCGCUCUGGGUUCCGCCGGAAAAUGGUUUCACUCUCUCUGGAAGAACUACCAGGAUGAAAUUCAGAACCAGAAGGAGUUGGUCAACGCCAUGAACACCGGAAGCUACAUUGCGAUCAAGGACCUAGAAAACAUCCGCGCUCUGGUCGCCCAGCUGGAGAUUCAGAUCGAUCACCUGGUUCGUGCUGCUGGGUUUACCCUCAUGGACCAGGAGGCCAUGAGAUUCGGCGUCGAGGAGAUCAAAACGAAGCUGGGCAAGUACACUAAGAGCAUUGAGGAUUUGGGUGAGAAGGCUGAGAGGUCCAGCGCAGAGAUCAAGAGGGUGAGGAGUCUUCUCUUGCGGAGGAUCAUCGCAACCAAAGAGAGAUCAAAAGUCUUCCUCCUCUGCUAA